AUGGGGGGAGCCGCUGAUCUUCCGCAAAGAUCCUCGUCGCCUUUGAAACGACGGGCAUCAGAUCUAGAGACAGACGCCUCGUCAAGUCAAAAGGACGAUGUCGAUAUGGUCCAGGUACCCCCUUCGGAUCCAACAGAAGUAGAUGAGCUCUCGAUAUCCUCCAGAACAAGGACUCAUUCGGUCGAUGCGCUGGCAAACGGGGUUGAGGUUAAUGUCGCAGCUCUGCCCGCCGCAGAGCAACAAAUCAGCCCUGCUCGCAGAAGUACUGACAUUCCUCCAAUCGAAUCCCAAAUCACGACAAUUACGACCCUUAUAAAGGCAGAGGACGAAAAGCAAUUGAAGGAGGGCGAUGUUACAUAUCUGGUCUCAAACCUAUGGUUGAACCGGGUCAUUUCCAGAGGUGCAGAGGCUAGGCAGAAGAGUAAAGUGGAGCCUGAAGGUGAAAUCGGACCCAUCGAUAACUCGGACAUAAUCCAGCAAACUCUUACGGACAGCGCUGGAGUAGAAUUUGUACAACUCAAGCGCGGACUUGUAGCAUUGGCAGACUACACAUACUUUACCGUGGAUGCCUGGACUCUGGUGGUUGAAUGGUACGGUCUUACGCCAGGAUCUAUACCAAUCAGACGCGUGGCCCACAACACCAGCCCCAAGGGUUCUCCCGAGAACAUACAGUUCGAAAUCUACCCUCCUGUGUUUACCAUCCACCGCUUGUACGGUGAUCAUACGAACAUUAAAAUCCCGAAUGAAAUUAAGGACAUGGAUCCUGCUGCGCCCGUUUACGUGCUCAGCACAUCCACCAGCUGUGUUGAGUUUCUGAAGACUAUUAAGACGAAAGCGGGAAUUGAGCACGAGAAGAAGGUCCGUCUUUGGAGAGUUCCGAGGCUGCAGCCAGCUGCAAAUCCAAUCCCUGCGACUUCCAUUGCAGCGACGACGCCACCGACCUCAGAACCUAGUUCUCCGACUGGAGUGUUAAUGGGCCCAGAGACACGUGCACCGCAAGAUUCCUGGAAGCUCUUGGUUGAUGUGGCCACUUUCUUGAAGCUUGAGAAGGGUGUGCAAAGAGAACUUAUUGGAUUCGAUGAUCAUUCAGCAAAUGCCAAGUACAACGGCAGCAGCACUCUGGCUAUGAAUGGGCUUGCUGCCGACGAUAACAUCGUCUUGGACGAGAAAACAGACGGCCAAUCUGACACCUUCGUCUCAACUUAUACGCAGGGUGGCAAAGCAAACUCGACGACUCUCGCCGGUAAUUCGAGCUCGAGCUAUAUCGGACCCAGCAGCCAGUCAAACAGCGGUCGUAACAGCCCUGCCCUAUCUGGCCCAAUAACUCGAGGUCGAGCUCAAAAAUCUGGAUCUAGAAAGCCGCCUGGCACCAUCGGUCUGGCCAACCUGGGAAACACAUGCUACAUGAAUUCGGCAUUACAAUGUGUCCGCAGUGUUGAGGAAUUGACGAAAUACUUCUUGACUGGUCAUGGCAAGGAAGAAAUCAACCCACACAACCCGUUGGGAAACAAUGGAAACGUUGCUCGGGCAUACGGGGAUUUGCUGGCACAGUUCUAUAACGACAGUGGAUCCAGUGCGGUCCGCCCCGUAAAUUUCAAGAACACCAUUGGAAAGUACGCACCAUCCUUCUCUGGUUACGGUCAACAGGACUCUCAAGAAUUCCUUGGCUUCCUUUUGGAUGGCCUGCAAGAGGAUCUGAGCCGCGUUCUUAAAAAGCCAUACAUCGAGAAGCCCGAUUCAACCGACGAGAUGGUCAAUAACCCUGAGGCAAUCCGGGAAAUGGCUGCGAAGGUCUGGGAUAUCACAAAGCAACGCGACGACUCUGUCAUCGCCGAUCUCUUCACCGGAAUGUACAAGUCAACACUUGUGUGCCCUUCAUGUAAUAAGAUCAGCAUUACUUUUGAUCCCUUCAACAACUUGACUUUGCAACUACCGAUUGAGAGUCGUUGGAGCCACCAAGUUUAUUACUUCCCUUUGAAUGACAAGCCCAUCCUUGUCACAAUCGACAUUGACAAGAACGCAAGUAUUGGUUCCUUGAAAGACUUCGUUUCCAAGCGCGUUGGCGUGCCGGCUGAUCGACUGUUUGUUUGCGAGGAAUACAAGAGUAAAUUCUACACAUUCUACAAGGAUCUCGCAGUAGCUUCUGAAAAGAUCGGUACCAAUGAUCACGUUGCGGUAUACGAACUCGAAGCCAAGCCGACGAAUUGGCCCCCUCGAGCUGCAAAGAAGUUGCAGGCCAAGUCAUUCGGCAACGAGUCCGACGCCGAAGACGAGAUCCCGCCUUGGGAUGACCCGAUGGCAGAACGCAUGCUCGUACCUGUCUUCCAUCGUGUCCCAAACAGCCGAGGAUUUAGUGGCAAACCUGCAUGGGAAGUCACAUGCACUCCUCAUUUUAUUAUGCUAACUCCAGACGAGGCUCGGAGCGAAGACAUGGUCAAGCGAAAAAUAUUGGAGAAGAUUUCGACAUUGACAACAUCUUCACAAUUUCUUGAUAUGGAUGUCGACGCCAGUGUUUCUGACUGCUUGGACCCCGAUAUAGUGCUCACCACUGGCUCUGACGCUGAUUCUUCAGGAGGCAGCAAAGUUGUAGCCAGUUCUGUUGAUGGAGAUGACGAGAUUGUAGAUGUUUCGAUGAAAGAUGCCGCUGCCGCUCCUGGCCCAUUAGGAAAAUUCAAUACGCGCCGACCAAAGUUCAUCUUGCCAGAUUCGCAUCUGAAUCCUUCGUUGCAAAACAUGUUCGAGAUUGGGUAUUUUGGAACCCGAAAGAAUCUGAUCAACACAGGCUGGCAAAUCGUGACCGAAAACAAGGUCUUUCCAAAGAUCAGUUCGCGCAGUCCGCAACCUCAAGCCGACGACGGUUCAGUGAGUGGUUACGAGGGUAGUCGCACCAGCUCCGAGAAUCCCGAAGACAGUGUUGUGAAUAGCGGUCCUGCAAAAGUGACACGGAUGAAUGACGAGAGCGAAAGCGAAGAGGACGCCACGCCUAAGGAUAUCUCUCGAGUCAAAGUUCUUCCUGUCCGAUCGAGAGUAGGUUCUACUAGGGGUCGCAAAUCCAAGCUUAAAACUUACUCAAAGAAGGGCAACAAGCGAAUGGCACGAAAAGCUAAACCAGAGCAGACAAUUUUUGACGACGACGAAGACUCUGCUGACGGUGGUCCUUUGGUCCGUCUUGGUGAAGGCCUUGUCGUUGACUGGGUGCCUGAAGCAUGGGAUGCUUUGUUCUGCGGAGAUUCUUCUGACGACAUCCGAGGUAUUCCAACGUGGCAAAAUGUACCUACCUUGGAGGACUCCGAGCUACAGGCCCUCAAAUCAUACCGGAUGAAGCGAAAAAAGAACGGCAUAACUCUGGAAGACUGUCUCGAUGAGUUCGGCAAAGAGGAAAUUUUGUCGGAGUCGGACACAUGGUACUGCCCGCGAUGCAAGGAGCACAAGCGAGCUAGCAAGAAGUUCGAGCUGUGGAAGACACCAGAUAUCCUUAUUAUGCACCUCAAGCGUUUCAGCUCUAGUGGAUGGCGUCGAGAUAAGCUUGAUGUUCUAGUCGACUUUCCCUUGACAGAUCUGGACCUUAGCUCAAGAGUUAUUGAGUCUGAAGAUGGUAAGCAAGAGAUAUACGAUCUGUUUGCUGUUGAUGAUCAUUGGGGCGGACUUGGUGGUGGCCACUAUACUGCUUUUGCCAAAAACUACGACGACCAGCAAUGGUACGAAUACAAUGAUUCUUCGGUAACGAAAGUGACGGAUUUAUCAAGAAUUGUUUCUUCGAGUGCCUAUCUACUCUUCUAUCGACGACGAUCGGAUGUGCCACUUGGAGGUCCAAGAUUCAAGCAGAUCCUGCAUGAAUAUAAUAGCUCCCGUCAAAGUUCAGAAGAUCAAUAUUCAGAGUCGGGGGAAGGCAAGGGCCUCGUCGGAAACUCCUCCCCACGUGGAUCGUCGAGCGCUUGGUUCGGAGUAGGAGCAGCUCGCCCUCAACUAAAUCCUGGUUCCAGCAGUGGCGAGGAAAUGAUGACAAUAAAUCCCUCGGACCUUGAGUCGGGGCUGCCACCCGCCUACGAGGAAGAUGAGGCUAUAUCACUUGUCCCGAGUGUCGAGAAGGACGACUCCGGAUAUAGCACUCGGCCAACCUGGGGCUUCGGCGGAUUGAACUCGGAAACGGAAGGAUAUGUCUUGGGAGCUAAUUCUCGUCAAAUCGUCUCUGGUGCAGGAUCAGAUGCAGGCGAUGCAGGCAGUGAUGUAGCCGAGCACAAUUCUUCGGCUAGCGACAGCUCAUUGAUCCAGCGAAAGCGUGACCUCGCGUCUUCCGAGGCUUUCGAUGAAGACUUCGAGCAAGCAUUCGUACCAGAUAUGACUGAGGAGCAGGAAGCCGCCUCUUACGAUCUACGCUCCGAGGUCGUCGAACAUGUCCAUGGCAAGGUUCUAUACAGACGCACCCUUUCGAACGGAGGUAAUGUGGAGCAUUUUGAAGAAGUCGACGAACCGGUAGUCGAGAUCCACGUCACUGACAACGAUGACCUGAACAUCGAAUGA